AUCUGAUGUAUGGGGCAAGGCUGAAUGGUUUCCUGGUGCUCAGUUCUUUCCCUCACAGUCCCUGAUUCGGCAGCCUCCUUUCCCUAGCAUGCUGUGCGGUCACAGAGUCCCGGGAGCCGAGGUCCCAGGGAAGGCGGAGGCGCAGACGCUGCCACAGCUUCUAGUUUUUCGGCUGGGCUCGCCGAACGGGAGAGUCAAGUCCAACCAUGCCAAUCCCAACGCAGAUUUUAAGCCUGGAUCUGGUCUUCUGGAUAGCGCCGGCUGAACCCAUCAGAAGCCCAGUCAAGGGGCCGCCCCUCACCUCCUGGAGAGUUGAUAUGCAAAACAGUUACGUCAGAUGUGGAGGCGGGGCACACCGGGGUUGACAAGCAGCCCGGCUCUUGCCGAGGGAGGAGGCGCGAGAAUCAGCCUGGUUCAGCGACUGAGACAAACUGGACGUGAGCGGAGCUGGUGCUGUCCACAGUGUGUCGGUGCUGAACCCGGGGUGUGAGCGGAUAGCCAGCUUGGGCACCUGGAGGCAACGCCCACUGGAACCCUCUGUGCCUGGUGGGACCCGCUUCACCAGCAGGACCCAAUUUAACUUGACAAAGGAGUGCGACUCGGACGUGGGAGAGACUCCUGUGUUUGCAACCUGGGCGCCCACUCAGGCGUGACUUCAGAGAUUUCUGUAGUUUUUGCUCAAAGUAUUUUGAUUUUUUUUUUUCCAAACUAAGACGAUCUUUUCAUCCAUUAUUUUCUUCUUCUUUUUUUUUUAUUUUUAAAACUGUGACUCAUAUUUCCACACCGCUGAGGAAUCUUUUCGGGGGACUUUUUUAUUAUUUAAAAUAAGGUGAAUGUCAAUAAGGAUGUUUAAGUCCUGGACAGCUGUUUUGAUUCUUGGAUUCAUCUUCCUGGAGUCCGAAGGAAGGCCAACAAAAGAAUCAGGAUAUGGCAUUAAAUCUUAUCAACCUCUUAUGAGAUUACGACAUAAGCAGGAAAAAAGUCAAGAAAGCUCAAGAAUCAAAGAAUUUCUAAUUCAGGAUGGCCCUUUUGGAUCUUGUGAAAAUAAGUACUGUGGCUUGGGGAGGCACUGUGUCAUCAGCAGAGAGACAAGGCAUGCAGAGUGUGCCUGCAUGGACAUUUGCAAACAGCACUACAAACCUGUGUGUGGAUCUGAUGGGGAAUUCUAUGAAAACCAUUGUGAAGUUCACAGAGCUGCCUGCCUGAAAAAGCAAAAGAUCACCAUUGUUCACAAUGAAGACUGCUUCUUUAAAGGAGACAACUGCUUGGCCACUGAGUACAGCAAGAUGAAAAGUAUGCUUUUAGAUUUACAAAAUCAAAAGUACAUUACACAAGAAAAUGAGAAUUCUAACGAUGAUGACAUAUCUAGGAAGAAGCCGUUGGUGGAUCAAAUGUUCAAGCAUUUUGAUGCAGACAGUAAUGGACUUAUAGAUAUUAAUGAACUAACUCAGGUGAUUAAACAGGAAGAAUUGAACAAGGACCUUUCUGGCUGUACUUUGUAUGAUCUGCUCAAGUAUGAUGACUUCAAUGCUGACAAGCACUUGGCUCUUGAAGAAUUCUAUAGAGCAUUUCAAGUUAUUCAGCUGAGUCUACCUGAAGAUCAGAGAGUAAGCAUUACUGCAGCCACCGUGGGACAAAGUGCUGUUCUGAGUUGUGCCGUUGUGGGAGCCCUGAGACCCCCUAUCAUAUGGAAGAGGAACAAUAUUGUUCUAAAUAACUUAGAUUUGGAAGACAUCAAUGACUUUGGCGAUGAUGGGUCCUUGUAUAUCACCAAAGUUACCACAGUCCACAUGGGCAAUUAUACCUGCUAUGCAGAUGGCUAUGAACAUGUACGUCAGACACACAUCUUUCAAGUGAAUGUUCCUCCAGUCAUCCGAGUGUAUCCAGAGAGCCAGGCCAGAGAACCGGGGGUAACUGCAAGCCUGAGGUGCCAUGCAGAGGGCAUACCAGACCCUCAGCUUGCCUGGCUGAAGAAUGGAAUUGACAUUACACCAAAGCUCUCCAAACAGCUCACACUUCAAGCAAAUGGCAGUGAGGUCCACAUAAGCAAUGUGCGCUAUGAAGAUACUGGAGCAUACACGUGCAUUGCUAGGAAUGAAGCAGGCGUGGAUGAAGACAUCUCUUCCCUUUUUGUGGAAGAUUCUGCCAGGAAGACCCUAGCUAACAUAUUAUGGAGAGAAGAAGGUCUUGGAAUUGGGAACAUGUUCUACGUUUUUUAUGAAGAUGGAAUCAAAGUGAUACAACCCACAGAAUGUGAAUUUCAGAGGCACAUUAAGCCUAGUGAAAAGCUCCUUGGAUUUCAGGAUGAAGUCUGUCCCAAAGAUGAAGAGGAUGAAGUGCAGAGAUGUGUGUGGGCUUCUGCUGUUAAUGUCAAAGACAAGUUCAUUUAUGUUGCUCAGCCAACUUUGGAUAGAAUAUUAAUUGUUGAUGUGCAAUCCCAAAAAGUUGUUCAGGCAGUGAGCACAGACCCUGUACCAGUUAAAUUACACUAUGACAAGUCACAUGACCAGGUGUGGGUGCUGAGCUGGGGUAGCAUGGACAAGACAUCACCAACUCUACAGGUGAUAACCCUGGCCAGUGGGAAUGUGCCACACCACACCAUCCACACACAGCCAGUGGGGAAACAGUUUGACCGAGUGGAUGAUUUUUUCAUUCCCACCACAACACUUAUUAUCACCCAUAUGAGCCAAGCAUUUUUCACCAUGCCUUGGAAAACCAAGGAAAUCAAGGACUUUCUGCUCACAGCCAGGCAGAGGGAUGCCAAAUCUGUCAAGAUCAAGAAGAACAAGAAUAAUACAAAGUUCGAAGUUCGCUGCAGCAGGUACCUUUAUACCCUGGUCAUCACAGACAAGAAGACCCAGAAGUUGGAGCAGUCUCUCCCACAUUGAUUGGCAGUGAAGAAGCUGAAAUUAAUCAGACCUCUGCAUGUGACUAUAAAAAAAUGUGAAAAGCUAAAAAAAGACAGAUAAUGAAAUAAAAAUUAUAAACCUUUCUAUUAAUAAAUAGUGAUCAUAAGAAAAGGAUUCUCAAUUCAAGAAAACUUAACCUAGAACCUGCUACUUAAUUACUAAGAAAAAGAAAUUCUCUUAUAGGUGCUUGUAAAGCAUCAGAAUAGAAGAAAUAAUGCAAGGGACAACUGACAUGAGGCCUAUAGUUUAGUGGUCAUGUAAUGCAUUUAAUAAUUGCUAAUAACUUAAUAAUUUCAAACCUGGGACAAUUAGCUGAGGUGUUCAUUUAACAUAUCAAAGCAGACCUGGCUGCAAGUUCUCCCUACAGUCCCUCAGUCCCUACCUGUUACAGGGUCCUUGAGGCUGGCAUACCCUACCCUUUACCCUGAAUUUUCCAGCCCAGGAACUAGGCUGCCCUCCCCACAGCUGCUUUACUUUAUAUAACCCAGACAUUUUGGUUCCCUGGUUUAUUCUCCUUUGUGCAUCCUGGCUAUUGCACCUGGUUCCCCUUUCUCCCUUCUCUCUUACCUCCCACCCUCCUCACAUGGCACAGAUCAGUCUGGUCAUGUCCACUCUGAACUCUCUCAGAUGUCUCUGCCUCUGGCUAUGCUCUCCUUUUAUCUACAAUAAACUUUCUCCUUCCCGAUACCUAGGAGCAGUCAUAUCCUUUUCUUUUUCUUUCUUUUUUCAUUCAAUAAUAAAUGUAAUUAGUAAAUGAUGUAUUUUAUGAAAAAUAUGGAGCACAGUAAAUCCAGAGUUGAGUUCAUAGCCAGAAAAUGGUUGGCCUGAGUUGCAGAUGUGGCAACAGAACAGGAAGGAUGAUUUUUAAUGAGAAAAUGUGACGAACAAUGAUCUGAAGUAAAAGAAUUGCAAGCAAAUGUUUUGUUUUGUUUUUUCCUUUUCUUUAAAGAUUCUUCCAGGCAAAAAGAAUAUUUACAACCAGAUGUUAGAGCAUGGGUUUGCUUUGGAUAAUAGGGAGAAAAGAGAGGUUUUUUUUCACCUGGGCAAAGCACGUAAUAGUCUGUGUGCCUCGCAGUGCAAUGCAUGGCAAUCUCAGAAAUAUAUUUCCUCACAGUUGUACUGUGAUGUCCAUGUCAGGGCAUCAUUAUGAUGUUCUAGUAAGCCCUCUGUUCCUGUCUGGGUUCAAAAUGGGUUCUAAUGAGGUCCCCAAUUCCUGUCUAGGUUCUCACAUGACACAAAGAAUGAGCUCUCUGUCCUUUCUCUAGUUCAUUAAUCCCAUCACAAGACUUGAACUCCAAGACCCCAUAGAAACCAAAAAUCAUAAACAUCAACAUAUGGCAAGUUAGGACUUGACUGUUGCUUUGCUUCCUGAGCUGUCCCUCCACGAUUUCCGUGACAGAGCCUGUUUUAACCUCAGGCCAGAGAAGCUGCAAUGCUCCAAACUUCCACCAUUAGUCACCAAAAAGACUUCAGACAACAUUCCAGAAGCCCAUAUUUCUGAACAAUGAAACUUUUGGAACUUUAGAGCUCUAUUUUUAUUUUUUUUCUAAAGUGUGUGAAGUAGCACUGCUUUCAACAACAGCGGCAGUGCUCAUCUGGAUGCCCUUUGUUGUUCAGUGGCUGCAUCUGAUUCUUAGCUCACAGAGACAAUUAAAGCCCCUCUCAGAUGACCCUCCUCCUAACUAUGACGUGCAGUGAGAAGGGUCAGAUAAUGAGAGGGAAACCAGAUUGAGCAAGGGAGUAGGUCAUGGCAGCGUCUGUCGGGGUCUCCUAAGAAGAGCUCUGAUGGCAACAAUUAGAAGAAAAAGAACCAGAAUCGCAGGCAACAGGAGCACAGGUGUGGAGACGGACAAGAAAGCUCGGCCAUAGUUUAAACUGCUAAAUACUGAAUGAGGUUCAUUUUAGAGUGCCUAAGCAGGGCAACAGGAAAGAAGGAUAAAAGUUAGCUAAGGAUUUGAAUCAUUACCUUUCUGAAAUGUGAGAACUAUCAUAGUAAUAUUUUUCAAAUGGGAAUAAGUUUAAUAUGCUCAUAUAAAAUAGAUACCCUGCAGUUUGGUCACAGAUUAAUAUUAUUACCCAUUAUAUAGCAUCAGUUUGCUCUUAAAAAAAGAAAAGUGACAUGUACAUGUUUGUUUACAUAAGAAUUUGUAUAUGUUCCAAUGCAUCUUCCUAUUAUCCCCUUACUAUACUGAGACAUGAAAGCAUCAGGUUUGAUGAGAAGGCAGGGGAAAUAUGUAUGAGAAGCAGAGAGUUCUGGGUUUGAGUCUCAUUUCACAGAGCUGCUUCUAAAGGUGUGCUCUUCCCUUUGUUAUUACAAGACAAAAUAUUGAUGUUGGUAAUGCCACUGAUGUUAGUAUAAUAAUAACGUCAGUGAAUCACUGAUUUAUAUUGUGUUUUACUAAGACAUGCUACUGUGUAGAAGACAGACAUAAAUGGUAUAUAUGAGAGACUCUGUUUCUAAAGACAUCUUAAGUCAUAUUUCCUAUUUAUGCAGCCCAAUAAUCUAACUGCAAAACCCCUAGUCCCAGCCUUUUAUGCAGACUUGAAUUUAAAAGCAACGAAUCGUCCUAACCCUAGGACUUCAAGUUGUUUUCAAAGAUAGUCAUAAAAUCAAUUUUGAGAACAAGAGAAGUCUCCAAAAGGAGUUAGGUAUGAGGGAGGCAAGAAUAUCACAGCCAUGUUUGUCCAGAUGGCCAGAAUGUCUGUUUGUGGUCAAAUCCUUGAGCUUAGACAGAUUGUUCCCAUUGCAUACACGUGUACUAAAGAUCUACAUCUUCAAAUGGUCUUUAUUUUGAUAUAAUCUUGUUUAUAUUGUAGUUUUGUUCCCUCUACCUUUGUGGAUUUUUGGGGGGUAUCAUAGAAAAAAAUACCCUAAAGGAAGAUCUGGUCCAACAUGUUUGAGAAUAAUACACUCAUCACAUAAAUAUUAAUAAAAAGUUAUUUGUGUGUAUGCAGGUAUGUAUGUGUUGUAAAAAUUUAAUGAAAUAAUAUAAGAAAUAAUCAAAGCAGGGUUCAAUGGAGAGAAUGACUAGUAGUCACUAAUUGAAAAAUGUUAUUCUAAGUGGUGGAAUCACUUAAAAUAUUCUUUUUUAAAAAUACAUAUGAUUUUGGACUUGACAGAAUAUUUUAGCAUGGUGGUUCAAGAACUAAAACAGCCUUUACAUCAAUAUAAGAAGUCCUUGAAAAUCCCCAAUACAGAACCCAUCAAGCUGCUGCCACCCUUUGGGAAAGUUCUGUUCAAUCUUUGUUAGGAAUAUUUGCUUUGUUUUGCUAAAUAAACUUCUGCUUAAACUGUG